AGAAGGGAGAGAGGGGAUCACUGAUUCACUGAUACGUCAACGCGGACGUCGUUGUUGAAGAUUAAGUAGACGGUGCCGUUAAACCAGAAAUUUUCCUUUUUCCUUUUGUAGUUUCCUUUAUUCCCCUUUUCUUUACAAACAAAAAGCAAAAGAGUAUUCUCUCUCUCACUCUGUACAGAAUUUCCAAGUCCUGCUCAUCUCUUCUCAAUUCUACACAAUUCUUCAAAGCUGAUCCGAUCUCAAUUCUCUCUAUGAAUUUCUAAGUAAAAUCUCCUCUUCUGUAAAUUUAUGCACAUAUACAGAGUUUUAGACUGUUAGUUUUUCUUGUGAAUUGGAAAGGAAAGAAACAAUGGGGUGUACACAAUCGAAGAUCGAGAAUGAAGAAACUGUGACCCGAUGCAAGGAGCGAAAGCACUUCAUGAAAGAAGCUGUAUCGGCCCGUAACGCUUUCGCCGCCGCCCACUCCGCUUACACUAUGUCUCUCAAAAACACUGGUGCUGCCCUUAGCGAUUACGCUCACGGCGAAGUUCAAUUCCCUUCUACGGCCGCCGUCGCCGCUUCCUCCUCUUCCCCCCUAUCCGGUGUUACUCCUCCCCUCUCUUCCACCCCCUUAGACAUGCCUCCUCCCCCUCCCCUCCCUCCGUUUUCCAAUCCUUCUUUCCCACCUUCCCCUCUUCAGCGUUCUGCCACUAUGCCCGAAAUAUCCAUCCCCGUACCGGAGCCGAAGCGAUCUGAUAUGAUUAUUGAGGAGGAAAACGAGGAUGAUAUGGAAACUGAAAGCACUCAUAGUUUAAGACAUCGUAGUAGUAAAAGUAGCGGCGGCGGCGGCGGCGGUGGUGGAAUUGGGGGAUUGCAAACGCCUCCUUCUCCACCACGGACACCGCCGCAGAAUAAUCGAGCGCCUCCUCCUCCACCGCCGCCGGAUAGCAAGGGGGUGGCGUCCAUGUCAUGGGAUUUUUUCUUCCCUUCAAUGGACAACGUACCUGGCCCUACACUAGCUGAGGUGGACGAGAGUAGGAUUGAAAGAGAGGAACUCGAGCGGAAGAUGUAUGACGAAAGGGCUAAGAGAGCUGAAAACGCUAAUGAAACUGAAAGAGUGAGGAAGAGCGAGAUGCCAGAGGAGGCUGAGGUGGUAGAAACGGCAGCUGAGACUCCGUCAGAGCCACCUCCUCCACCUCAAGUUGCCGCUAAAGUUUUGAAAAGAGUGAAAAAUGUUGUUCCAGGAGAGAGUAAAAAGAAAGGAGGUCAAUUUAACCUUCUGCAGAUAUUCUCUGAGCUGGAUGAUUGUUUCCUUAAGGCAUCCGAGAGUGCUCACGAAGUAUCUAAGAUGCUUGAGGCAAAUCGAUUGCAUUAUCACUCAAAUUUUGCCGAUAAUAGAGGACACAUUGAUCAUUCUGCAAGGGUCAUGCGUGUCAUAACAUGGAAUAGGUCCUUCAGAGGCUUGCCAAAUGCUGAUGAUGGGUUGGAUGACUUUGAUUCAGAAGAACACGAAACUCAUGCAACAGUGUUAGACAAGAUGCUCGCAUGGGAGAAAAAACUGUACGAUGAAGUGAAGGCAGGAGAACAAAUGAAACUUGAAUAUCAGAGAAAGGUUGCCUCAUUGAAUAAGCUCAAGAAACGUGGUACAAAUACAGAGGCCUUGGAGAGAGUGAAAGCUACAGUAAGUCACCUCCACACAAGAUACAUUGUCGACAUGCAGUCUAUGGAUUCUACUGUUUCAGAGAUAAAUCGGUUACGCGAUGAGCAACUUUAUCCAAAAUUGGUUGCUCUGGUUGAUGGGAUGGCUAUAAUGUGGGAGACCAUGAGAGGAUAUCAUGUAAGUCAGUCUAAGAUUGUGCAAGCGCUAAGGUCUUUGGAUAUAUCCCAAUCCCCUAAAGAAACAACCGAGCACCAUCAUGAACGAACUUUGCAGUUGUAUGUUGUUGUCCAAGAGUGGCAUUCACAGUUUGACAAAUUGGUUACCCACCAAAAACAGUAUAUCAAAGCUCUAAACAAUUGGAUAAAGUUAAAUCUCAUUCCUAUAGACACAAAUCUGAAGGAAAAGGUUUCGUCGCCACAAAGACCACAAAACCCACCAAUUCUGUCACUUAUACAUGCUUGGCAUGAUUAUCUUGACAAGCUUCCUGAUGAGUUGGCUAGAACUGCUAUUUAUAACUUUUCAGCUGUUAUAAAUACUAUCUUUGAAUACCAAAAGGAGGAGAUGAAGCUGAAGGACAGGUGUGAGGAUACUCGGAGAGAGCUUAACAAGAAAACUAGGCAAUAUGAGGAUUGGUAUCACAAGUAUAUGCAGCGUAGAACGCCCCCGGAUGAAAUGGAUCCAGAUCAAGCUCAUGUUGAUAGUCUUGUGGUUGAUCGGCAGCUACAGUUGGAGGCACUGAGGAAGAAGCUGGAAGACGAGGAGGAAGCAUACCAGAGGCAAUGUCUUCAGGUGAGAGAUAAAUCUUUGACAAGCCUGAGAAGCCGCUUGCCUGAGCUUUUCGGGGCAAUGUCAGAAUUUUCCCUUGCCUGUGCGGAUAUGUACAGGGACUUGAGGUCUAUCUCAAAGCAUCGUAAUAGAAAUGGCAACUCAUGAUCGGUGAAUAUAUACAGCUUGUAGUGUAAACAGUGUACUGUAUGCAUUUUCUUUGUAACAGCUAUGAGAGGUGUGAUUUGUUUUAUUACUUGUACUGUUGCUCGUAUAUGGAUCAAAGAAGUAUUGAGUUUCUGGCAGAAUUUCUCAAGAAGCCAGCAAGUUCAGACUUAUGUGCUCUCCGUAGAGGUUGCUGUCCCAAGUAGAACGUCAAAGAGCAACAGCAACUUCGGCAACAGUUUCUCGUAUAUAAAUGAUGUUUGCCUAGAAUACUCUUGUUAUAAAUUUUGUUAAGGAUUUUUAUGUUAUAGAAAUUAGAAGUCCAAAUAAAUGCUUGAGAAUUUGGAACAA